AUGGUCGUCGCCGACGAGUCACCUUCUCAUGCGGCUGGGUCAGCGCUCAUCACCCACGGGAAGAAGGGAGGUAACGAGAAGGGAGGUGACGGGAAGGAAGGCAAUCGCACACACCGUGCCCGCUCGAGUUUUCGUUCCCCUGGGGCCUGGCGAAGGCCUGCUUUAAUGGCCGUGCGGGCCGGGCUGGAAAGGAGGGUAAUCAACCCUGUUUUCACCAUUGAUAAGCUUAAGAUUAUGACAAAAACAAUGCUGGAUUUUGCCGAGAACAUGGCCAGUGAGUUGGAAGCUGAAGCAUCCCGAAACGAGAACGGAGAAACAAAAGUGGAUAUAAACAAACACUUCAGCGAUCCAACAGUUGACAACAUUGCCUAUGCCAUCUUUGGAAACAGUUACGAGUUAGAUAUCUCCCAACCCAAGCGAAUCGGUGAAAAUGGAUGCUUGAAAGGAGGCUCAAGAGCUUACUCAGGCAGAUCAUACAGCCACGCCAAGCAAGGAGGGAAGCAAGUGGGUGGUCUCAGCUUGAGCAUGGAGGAGAUCAUACAUGAGUGCAAGCUCUUCUUCUUCGCCGGUCAUGAGAACACAGCCCUUCUCCUCACUUGGUCAGUGUAUCUGCUCGGUAUAUACCCUGAGUGUCAAGAAAGGCUCCGGAAGGAGAUGACAAUGGUGUUGUUUGAGACCUUGAGGCUCUACUCGCCUGCCCUCUUCAUGCAAAGGAAGACCUUGGCCGACAUGACCGUGGGGUCGAUAAAGCUGCCCAAAGGCACAGCAAUUGUGAUACCUAUUCCGAUCAUGCAUCGAGACAAGGAUGCUUGGGGCGACGACGCGGCCGAGUUCAAUCCGAUGAGAUUUGAGAACGGGAUCUCGGGAGCAGCGAAAGUUCCUCACGGCCUGCUGGCGUUCUCAAUGGGACCAAGGAAUUGCAUCGGCCAGAACUUUUCGAUGCUGGAAGCCAAAUCGACGCUGGCACUGAUGCUCCAGAAGUUCUCCUUCGCUCUCUCCCCUGACUAUGUGCAUGCGCCCGUCGAUCUCUUCACUCUCAAACCUAAGUUUGGUCUUCCCAGUAAAAUAGGAGCCGGAACCAGAGCACUUGAGAGCUAUGCCAAAUGA